AUGGCAGGAUAUGUCACCGGCGGAUUUGGCCUACAGAUUGUCACGGAGGUAACGUUUUCCUUUUUUAACAUUGUUGUCAACACUUAUAUUGUGCUAGCACACCUCCUUCGGAGAGAAGCAGUUUCAUGUGAUCGACCGACGGGAGUGAUUUUAAUGGACUGUCUGCCUUGGUUGCUGAUGUCAGCUUGGCGUCUGAUCACCAUAGCGUACAGCAGUAAGGCGGUCGUCCAGCAGUCCAACCACACGCUGGAGCUGGUCAACAAACUGCUGCUGGUAUCGCCACAAGGGGACUACGAGCGCCACACAGCUCUGCAGAAGUUCGCCCGCCAGCUGAGCCACAGCAAACUCAGCUACAGCUCUGCAGGAAUUUUCGCCGUUGGCACGCCGCUGCUAACCAGCUGUGUGGCCACCAUCACCACCUACCUAGUGAUCCUCAUACAGUUCUCUCUGGCAGAAAUCACAAAGCAACAAAAUAAUAACAACAGCUGCUGA